AUUUGUAUUAUCAAAAGGACAAAAAGAGAAAGAGAUGGUGGAGAUUCAAAGAAGAUUCAAGAGAACUGAGUCGGCUUUUAACGUAGCGGCGGCGCGUGUACGUCCUCUGCCGCGUGAUAAUAGUAGUGGAAGCGAUCAUUCGCCUGAUCUUUCGGAUUUGGUCGCAUCUUUUAUGGAGAGAGAGGAACGUAUAAUAAUACUACCGGAGGAAGAAGAAACUUCUUCCGACGACAAUGAUUUGGGAGAUGUUAAGGAGAGGUUAGGGAAGCUUUUAGAAGGUUUAUCCCGUGGCGAAGAACGGAUGAGAAUAGUGGCGGCGGUGACGGAGGUUGCUGAAAUGUUCGUCGGAGAUAAUAUUAGUUCUCCUAAACGUCAGUUGAUGGCUUUUCUACGUAACAAGGGUUUUGAUGCAGGUCUUUGCAAGUCGCGAUGGGAGAGAUCCGACAAGUACACGGCCGGAGAAUACGAGUACGUAGACGUCCAAUGCGACGGGGAUCAUUGUAAUCGGUACAUCAUCGAGACAAACCUUACCGGAGAAUUUGAGAUAGCUCGACCAACGAAAAGGUACCUCGCGAUAUUAAACCAAGUUCCACGUGUCUUCGUGGGGACUUCUGAAGAGCUGAAACAUUUCGUGAGGAUCAUGUGCCACGAGAUGAGACGGUCCAUGAAGCACGUAGGGAUCCACGUGCCACCGUGGAGGAGGAACGGUUACAUGCAAGCUAAGUGGUUCGGUUUCUAUAAACGGAUCACAUCGACGACGGCAAUAAAUUACGAAAUGGUUAAUAGCAAUGAUAUGACGGCGUUUAAAGGUUGCAAGGAAGAGUUUUGGGAAGCCAAAGGUCUUAAGGUUAUGGUUGGUCAGCUUUCAAUUGCUUUCAACACUAGUGGAGUUGAAGUGUGAUCAUUUAUAAAGAUAACAAGUGUGAUUUUUUGUGAGUUCUUUAGGGUUUUUUUUUUUUGGAGAUUUAGUUAAGCAAAUUAGUAGUAUAGUUAAGCAAAUUAGUAGUAUAGUAACUAUGUAUACAUUUUCAUGGUUUACGGGUUAUCUAAUUAAUGGCUCAAGGUCAAAUCUUCCGAUCCAUCAA